CUCCCCCUUUUCACCUCCUGAGAGGUGAAAAUGGCGCAGCAAGGAAUCCAGCUGGACCAGGAAAAGCUCUGCUGUGCCGUCUGUCUGGAUGUACUGAAGGAACCAGUGACUCUUCCCUGUGGACACAGCUACUGUAUGAGCUGUAUCGAAAACAUAUGGGGCCACGGAGACCAGAAGGAAACCCACAGCUGUCCUCAGUGCAGACAGACCUUUGGACCGAGGCCUUCCCUCGUGAAAAACACCAUGCUGACGGAUUUAGUGGAGGAACUGAAGAAGAAGGGUCUCGCAGCUGCUGCAGCUGAUGCCUGCUAUGCCGCACUAGAAGAUGUGGCCUGUGAUUUCUGCACUGGGAGGAAACUGAAAGCUCUCAAGUCCUGUCUGCAGUGCCUGGUGUCCUACUGUGAGCACCACCUCCAGCCUCACUAUCAGGUUGACCAAUUUAAGAAACACGUGCUGGUUGACCCCUCCGGGAAGCUUCAGGAGAACAUCUGCACUCGUCACAACGAGGUGCUGAAGAUAUUCUGCCGCACUGAUCAACAGUGUGUUUGCAUUCUGUGCUCCAUGGACGAACACAAAGGCCACGACACGGUCUCCGCCGCGGCGGAAAUGGCCGAGAGGCAGAAGGAGCUCGGGGAGACUCGCCAGAGGAUCCAGCAGAGAAUCCAGCGCGGUGAGCGAGACAAGAAGGUGCUUCAGCAGGAGGUGGAGGCUAUCAAUCGCUGCGCCGAUGAAGCCGUGAGGGACAGCGAGAAGAUCUUCACGGACGCGAGGCAGCAGAUCAGAUCCCGUCAGAAAUCGGAAGUGAGUGACGUCAAUGCGCUUCAGGGGCGGCUGCGGCAGGAGAUCUCGGACCUGCGCGGCAAAGACGCCGAGCUGGAGCUGCUGUCCCGCACGGGGGACCACACCCGGUUCCUGCAAAGCUACGCCUCGCUCAAGAGCCUCGGCGAGGCUAAAGAGUCCCCCGGUGCCGGCAUCCGUUUCCAGCGGUAUGGCGAGGAGGUGGCCGCGGCGGUAUCGGAGGUCAGAGGUCAACUACAGGACCUCCUCAGUGAGGAACGGAGCAGCAUCUCGCUGGAAGGGACUGAGGAGGUUUUACGGCCACAAGCAGAGCCAGAGACUAGAGCAGAUUUCCUCAAAUACUCAUCUACACUUCAACUGGAUCCAAGUUCUGCACAUAGAUGUGUAAGAGUUAAUAGUAGGCAAGAGGCGCAGUUCUAUUAUCACAAUUGUUACUGCAGUCCACACCCAGACAGAUUCACCGACUGGCACCAGGUGUUGUGUAGAGAAGGCCUGACUGGACGAUGCUACUGGGAGGUGGAGUGCGUGAAUUUGGCUGGAGGAGACAUUUUUGUUGCAGUCGCUUACAAGAGCAUGAACAGGUCAGGGGUUCAGAGUGCAUUUGGAAGCGACAACUCGUCCUGGGCACUGCAAUGCUUCCACAGCGGUUAUGAAUUUAGACACAACAACGUCAGAACCUCCAUCCCAGGCCCUCUGACCUCCACAGUAGGAGUGUACCUGGACCACAGUGCAGGAACUCUGUCCUUCUACAGUGUCUCUGAGACCAUGAGGCUCCUCCACAGAGUCCAGACCACAUUCACUCAGCCGCUCUGCCCUGGACUUGGUGUGCAUGAGACUGGAGGCUCUGUUAAAAUCUCGUGAAGAUUCCUAAUGUAGCGUUUGUUUGCUUUCCUCCCACAAAGUUGUUGCUUCUCAUAAUGACCAGCAAGUUUUGUAGUAAUUCAUAGGAAAGAUGUGUAUACAAAGUAAACAAUUACAAACUUGAAAUGUACAUUUCUAAAAUAAAAGUAAUAACAAUUGUGUGCGGGUUAGCGCUAAAAGAAGUUUGUGGUUUAAAAUUUAUAUUUUUAUUUUUACAUGGAACAUGUGAUAUUGUCAUUUGGACUUAUCUUCAAAACAUGUAUCUGUUUAUUGAGUCUCUUUAGUCUGUCUGUAUUUUUCCUGUAAUAUUCCAGCUCUGUUGAGGCCUUGAGGCCCUUCUUCACAACAUUUUAAUAAAUCAAACACAAAUAAA